AUGGAACAAGGAUCAUGUUCUCAAGAAGAUUGCUUCGACUUGUUGAAUCAGUUCGAGCAUGUUCUUCAAUCUGACCCUCUCAUUGAUGAAGUUGGGUUUAUCCACCCCUCACAGUUCACAAUGCUGGAUAAAGAAGCAGGAUCCUCCAGUGACGGAACCUCAACAAAUUUAUGGAAUCAAGAUCAUAAACUUGGAAUAUCAACCGAUAUACUUAUUCAAUUAUGUAAAGUUGCAAAACAUGCGUUCCUGGCUGUAUUUAACAAGUACAAACGCCAUGAAAACGCAUGUAGUAACGAGUCCCUUACCAAAAAUAUCUCAUCUGAGAGCAAAGUCAUGAAGCAUAGCCAAGCUGUUUUGCUGUUAAGCUCAGACUUUGGAACUGCAUGGAAUGCCAGGAAGUUGAUCUUACCGAAACAAAAUCAACCCUUGGAGGCAUUCACGAAAGAACUUCAUCUUUCUAGGCUCAUUCUUUCAAAGAGCGAGCCAAAAUGGAGCCAUAGAACGUGGAUAAUUAAGAUGCUUUCUCGGAGUUCUUCCACGCCACAAGAGAUUGUAACCAAAGAGUCUGAGCUCGUGGAAUCAAUAGGCGAGAGAUCAAAGAUGAACUAUCGUGCAUGGUAUCACCGUUGCUGGUUGGUUUCCUACAUGACAAUCGAGCAGGUGCUACAAGAGUUGAACAAAUCUAAAAGGUGGGCAGGGCUGCAUGUAGCUGAUAGUUCUUGUUUCCAUUAUCGCAGACGGCUGAUGCUCAGGGUUUUGGAGCCACUUAAGGUGAAAGGAAGCAAUGCUAAUGAUAAAUUUGAUGCACAUAAAACCUUGAUGGAAGAGCUUGAUUGGAACAAAGGGUUGUUAAAACGUUACUUGGGACGAGAGUUAUCUGAAACCGGAGAGAGUAUCUUCACGAAUGAAGAAACUGGCAUCUUCAUUGGUAAUGAGAUCCAUCUUCUAGAAUCUUCUAUGACCGUUCUUGAUAACAAGUUUGAAGAUUUCCGAGCUCAAGCACUGCAUGCUUCUGUCUACAUGCUUUGGCUGACAAAGCAUAUUCCAGAAGUGUGGAGCAUGCUUGAAGAGAAGCUUGGAACAGAGAAACUCAAAUGUGUACUGAGCACAGUUGAUCAAGAGAGACCCCUCCUUGCUUUUGCACCAAAUUGA